UUUCGAACCGAAAGCACCAACAAAUCAACUAUCACAAUGUUCAAAUCCGCCGUUGUUAUCCUCGCCCUCGUUGCCUGUGCUGCUGCCAAGCCCGGCCUCCUGGGCGCCCCUCUGGCCUACACUGCUCCCCUGGCCUACUCUGCUCCCCUGGCCUUCACUGCCCCCGCUGCCGUGGUAGCAGCUCCUGCUCCAGUCGUGACCGCCACCAGCAGCCAGGUGAUCGCCAGGAACUACAAUGGAAUCGCCGCUGCUCCAGUGAUUGCUCCCGUGGCAGCUCCAGUGGUCGCCAAGUACGCAGCUGCUCCUCUGGCGGCUCCUUUGGCCUAUUCCUCCCCCUUGGCGUACACCUCUCCUCUGCCUUACAGUGCACUUCCAGCUGCCGCUCCAGUUCUGCUGUAAGGACUUUGACUGAUCCAUAAACAUACACAAAUUAAACGAAAACAAAAGAA